UAUUUUUUCAUAGUUAAUGAAGCCGAGAACACCGGGUGGCGCACUAGUGCGUUUUUUUUAUCGAAACUGCCGAUCGGUUGAUCCACGAAGAAGAGAACACGUGACGCUCUUGGUCCGCGUCCACCAAUCAAAGGAGUCGAGGUGAAAAAUUGCCAAAAUUUGAAAGCACCCUUACGUCUCGGCGGCUUUGGGACACUUAUAAACGCUUAUUACAAUGGAGCCGAUAAACGAAGAGGACAUCAAAAUGUAUUUUUAUGAGAACAGGCUGAAAACGUUCGAGGGGUGGCCCUUUGACGAAGACUGCUCGUGUACUCCGGAGAACAUGGCCCGAGCUGGCUUCAUACACACUCCUUCGGGCAACAGCCCCGACAUCGCCAUGUGUUUCUUCUGCCUCAAAGAGCUGGAGGGCUGGGAGCCAGAAGAUGACCCAGAGAAGGAGCACAAAUCUCAUUCAGCAUCUUGCCAUUUCAUGGCCCUGAAAAAGAAAGUAGAAGAUCUGACUGUGGAGGAAUUCUUCAAACUACAGAAGGAGAGGCACAAGUUCAUCAUCAACAAAUCCUGUAACGAGACCAUCACCAAGUUUGAAGAGGCAGCCAAAUUGAGAAGAGCAGAGAUCAUCAAGACGGCGGUGGGGGAAGAAUAACAGCGAUGCAGAUGAAGGAGCUGGAGUGCAAAGGAUUCAUAGCCGGCUGUUCCUCGUGUCUGCACCGUAAAUGUGUUUUUGUUGUCAUGUAAUGUUUCUUAUUCAUUAAACUUGUUCUUUCUACUUAA